CUCUGUUCCCGGGAGCAGCUCGGCAUUCCGGCCAGGAGAAGGCGGUGGCGACACGCGUCUGCCCGCUCAGCCAGUACGAUAGAGACGGAGGAGAAAACACCAUAGACGCGCAUAUGCAAAGAAGGGGGAAAAAGAGCAUUCAAACUUAAGCAAGGCGCUCGGGAGUGGAAGUCUUUCCGUCCGCCGCUCGGAUCAGGAAAUAGCCUUGCGAGGGUUCCCCUUUGCGAAGGGCGGUAAGUCACUUUGCACGACCCACGUGUGCGGGGGGGGGGGGGACCAGAGCUGUCAACCUUUCCCUUUCUAAAAGGGAAAUUCCCUUAUUCCGAAUAGGAUUCCUCGCAAGAAAAGUUGACAGCUAUGAGGGGGACCUGACUGAAGCUGGACUCGCUUUCCCGGGAGUUAAACCCACACCCCACACCCCAAUUCAGUGGGACUUUAACUUCUCGGUAGACUCUCCCGGCUGAGUUCACUUUGCCCGUCGGAAACAGCAGAGGUUUCACGGGAGGUUUUUAAGCAUCUGUCACGGGUGCUGUAGUUGAGAUGCAUGCAUUGCAGGGGGCUGGACUAGAUGACCGCCAGGGUCCCCCCUCCAACUGUACCCUUCUAUUAAUUUCUGAUUGUGAGCGUGAAUGGCCACACAGUGAUCACCGCCCGUACUUUUCCGCGCUACAUUUCCUCCCUGCCUCCCUGUUUACAACCCAGCAACGCUCAAAAACCCACACCUGCAACUGGGGAUGACGUUGCAUGCAUCUGAUGGAGGGCGAUUUAGUCCAAGCAUGCCUAUACAGUAUAAAUUUGUUCAACUUUAAAGGUGCCACGAGGGUCUUCGCUGGAUAUCGCCCGGGUUGUUCCUGUCUGAGACGUUUCUUUUGAGAUCAGAGGUAGGGAAAUUCCCCUAUCAGCUUUAUAGAAAGUGCGAUUUUAAGGAAAGGCUUACUAUUGCAAAAUAAUAAUUCGCAGCUUUGAAAAUGUUUAACCCAUGUUCGGCGUGCGCAGAAGGAAAAACACGUACCUUGGGAUGUGCAAGCACAGGCAUUAAAUUUGUUGUGCAAGAGGGUACAGUGUGAGAUCUACAGCUGCAAUCAGCACAAAGUUUGAGGUUUUGCAAUAACUCCUGUGUCCGUAGGUACAAAGCAGAGGUUUAAUGCACCGUGCCAAGGAAAUGGAGGGGCGGGGGAGGGAGGCAAAGUAAGUACACUUGGCUUCAUAAAGAGGACAGAUCGCCCCAGCCCCCAGGAACUAUUAAUUCACAACAGCUUAAAAUAGGGUUUGCAGAAAGUAGAUUGUGAUCUACUGGCAGAUCUUUGAUUUGCAAUAGAUCAGCAAGGAUUCUGACUGCCAAUUGUUUAAUAGCUGCAACAGCAAAAAUCUCCCCCCCCCCCCAAAAAAAAAGGUUGAUGAAAUGAAGGUUGUGGACCAGUAAUCAUUUUUUGUGUGUGAGAGGACUGGAAAAUCAGUUCCAGUUCUGAAAACAAAUUCCUGGGCUGAACAUAUGCUCAGAGGCACCGUGGUACUCAAGUCUCUCUCUCCUUGCCACUGUUUUGCACCUGGUACCAGUUGUUUGAUCUUUGAGUUCUGUUAUUCUCCAGCAGAUGGUAUUGAGAGGCAUGGAGGCCUAUGAUCCCAGUGGUGGCAUAUUUAAUAAUAAGAAUAUUAUUAUUAUUAUUAUUAUUAUUAUUAUUAUCAACAACAACAACAAUUUUAUUAUUUAUACCCUGCCCACCUUGCUGGGUUUCCCCAACCACUCUGUGCAGCUCCCAACAGAAUAUUAAAACACGAUAAACUUCAUAACUACCAGCUACUAGUACCCAUGAAUUUUUCCAGUCCCCUUUCAAACCUAGUGGCCAAUAGCUCAUUGGUGAUUUCUGCAGUUGGGCACACGUUCAAGGGAUCUCAGUGUUUCAGCCAAUGAUUAUAAACAGGGGUCAGCAAACUUUUUCAGCAGGGGGCUAGUCCACUGUCCCUCAGACCUGGGGGGGGCCGGACUGUAUUUUUUUUGGGGGGGGGGGAAUGAAUGAAUUCCUAUGCCCCACAAAUACCCGAGAUGCAUUUUAAAUAAAAGCACACAUUCUACUCAUAUAAAAACACCAGGCAGGCCCCACAAAUACCCUAGAGAUGUAUUUUAAAUAAAAGGACACAUUCUACUUAUGUAAAAACACACCGAUUCCCGGACCAUCCGCAGGCCAGAUUGAGAAGGCGAUUGGGCCGGAUCCAACCCCCCGGGCCUUAGUUUGCCUACCCAUGAUUAUAAUUAUGAGCAGGCUCUUCCCAGAUUAGCAUAUUCUCAAGGUGGUGCCAAUUGAUUUAAAGGUGUGCUCACAGAGCGCAAUCCUGUGCACAUUUACUCAGAAGUAAAGUGCACAUGGGGCUGUGUUGAUAGCCAUUCAAGGGCCAUCUUAAAGAAGCAUCAGUUCUGCAGACAAGAAUAUAAAACCCCACAACUUCAUUAUAAGACUUCUGCAAAUGCUCAGUAACUAAUUUCCUCUGUCUCGUCAGCAUUCCACCAACGUUUAGAAUGGCAUCGUGGAAUGCAAAUAAAAACAUCCAGAAUUCCACUAGACAAAUUGUGAACCCUGACCUUGACAUUGAAAGAAAAACGGCCUCCUUCAGUGUUGAACGACUGACCAAUAUACUGGAUGGAGGUGCUGAAAAGACACAGAUGCGGAGGACAGUGGGUAAGUCGUCCACAUGGAAAUAAGUACCGGUAUUUGUGUUAUUUUGAACGUUGAUGAUACGCUAUUUUAAAUGCUUCCCCAACUAUGCAACGUUUGCCUUUUGGUGUAUCCUCCUUCGCAGCACUUAAAAACAAUUUUUGGAGCUGGAUAAUUUUGUUUGCAACAAAAGGCGUAGCCAAACCAAUUGUAUUUUUUGCAGUCUUCAGAAACUGGACUGGUGAGACGAUUGAUUUUAAAGAGGCUCUUCCAGAAUGACUUGUUCAUCGCACAUUCAUCCUGAUUAAGUUUGUGCAAAAGCUAUAACAGUGGUUGUGCAAGAACCUUGAACCUGGUCCAGUAAUGUAUGAACAGCUAGCACAAGCUUUUAAGCGCUGGAAUUAACAUGCUGGCAGUAGUCUGUCCCCCAUCAACUUGUAUGCAUUAAAUGAUGGUGGAUUUCAUACAAGUUGUCAGCAGGCUGGACUAAGAUGGCCUCUUUUGGGUCACCCCCGACUCAGUGAUUCGGUGAAAAAGAACCUUAGGCUAAUGUGAAUGGCCUGGAGGUUUCUACUGCGUUGUAAAAUGCUAUAGAUCAGGCUUCCUCACCCUCGGGCCCUCCAGAUGUUUUGAGACUACAAUUCCCAUCAUCCCUGACCACUGGUCCUGCUAGCUAGGGAUCAUGGGAGUUGUAGGCCAAAAACAUCUGGAGGGCCGAGGUUGAGGAAGCCUGCUAUAGAUGCUUCACUGCCAGAACUGCAUUUUCUUCUGUAAAUCUCGUGGUGAACAUCGGUGUAAUUGCAACUUGGUUUUCCUGUGUGUGAUUCCUGUGCCUCGGCCUGCUUAAAGGAUCGUUGUGUACUCUGCAGAAACCAUGAUCCAGAGUGAUCCGGUGUUCAGCCUAGAAAACCAGUACUUCAUGAGCCAGAAUGAAAGAUACGAAGAUGCUGUCAGGAAGUCCGUUCACCUCUCAAAGAUGGCGGCCAAAAUGGGAUGGGCAACAGGCGGACCUGAACUGGCUUACUGCCACAGGUGAUUUGAAAACAAUAAAAUGCUGCUAGAAUUGUAUUUUAGCUGUCUUUAAAAAGUGCCUGCUUUCACCUAAGCUAGGUGAGGCGGCCUGCUGCAGCCAAGGGAAAUCUCUGGCUUCCGGGAGAGUGUGCGAAUAUGUGGCAGACAGAAUUGCCUGUUGUGGAUCCUAUAACUUUUCAGAGUUGAGAGGACUCCACCUCUGAUUUGAAAAUUUACCUAUAGUUUUAUUAUUUUUGUAAGCUGCUGCGAGGUUUCGUUCGGUUACAAUCAAGCAACGUGUCAAUGUUUCUAAAUACACAAAGGAGCAGUUAUGACCAUAUUGCCUCAUUCUGGGCAGCCGUAGAAUGUGAAAGGGUUUGGAUUCAGGUUCAAAAAGCACAGGGGGAAAGGAGAUGUAUGGGGGAGAGCUUGAGCACAGUAGUUCAGGCACCUGUGACUUCAACAUCGGCAUCGUGCGAUGUAGGGAUUCCUUUGCACUUGAUCUGGAAACGGCAAUUAGUGCAGAAAGUGAGCGAGAGUGAGACCCUGUCAACAUGUCACCUGGCUGUUCAGAAAACGGCACUGGAUGCUGAUUGGUUACUGGGCCGGGUUCAAGGUGUUAGUAUUAGCAUAUAAAGGCCAUAGCAGCUUAGGAUCAGCUUACUUGAUGGGUCACCUUAACCCAUAUAAGCCCACUGGACCCCUUCAUUCCUCAGAAUGGGCACUGUUGCAGGUUCUAUGCAAUAUUAGACCUAUACUUGCAAUAAGUCUAUCUCCUGGCGUGGCUGCACCUGCACAUUGGAACUCCCUGCCAGUUGAACAUCAGGCAGCCUCCUUCACUGUAUCCUUUUCGGUGUUUGCUAAGGACAUUUUUGUUCAGGCAAGCCUAUCUGGACACCUAAAAGCUGACAUGUUCUUCAAUCUAUAUUUAGCUUAAUUAUUGAUUUUAAGUCUAUUUAAUUCUUUUUUUUUUUUUAAGAAAACACCUGCUUUUACUUCAUUACCGUUUUGUUUUUCGUAAACCACUUAGAGGUUCUAGUUGCAAUCAGGGUGGUGUAUAAAUUUAAGCACAUGAACAGAAAGUAAGGUUGCAGCCUUAAUUUUGCUUACUUGGAAGUACACCUUGUUGAAUUAAAUAGGGACUUACCGUACUUUUGAGUACACAUGGUUAGCUAGGGAUGGGAAACCCAAAGGACACCUUCCAGCCCUCCCUCUCUAACAACAACAACAACCACAACAACAACUUUAUAUGCCACUUUAUAUGAGUGGCUUCCGACAAACCAUAAAACCACAGUAAAACAUCAAACAUUAAAAACCUCCCUUUACAGGGAUGGCUUCAAGUGUCUUCUAAAAGUCAGAUACAGUGGACGCUCAGGUUGCGAACGUGAUCCAUGCGGGAAGCACUUUCGCAACCCGCAGCGACGCAUCUGCGCACGCAUGGGUCACGAUUUGGCGCUUCUGUGCAUGCGCAAAGCGCGAUUUAGCGCUUCUGUGCAUGCGUGACCGCCGAAAGCCGGAAGUAACCCGUUCUGGUACUUCCGGGUUUCAGCAGUCUGUAAACACAACCUGAAACAUCUGUUACGCAAGGUAUGACUGUAGUUGCUUGUCUGUUUGGCAGCUGACAGGAGGGUGUUCCACAGGGCGGGGGACACCACUAACAAGAAGGCCCUCUGCUGGGUUCCCUGCAACCACACUUCUUGCAGUGAGGGAACCGCUCGGAGGUGGACCCUCAGUAUCUGGGCUGAACGAUGGGGAUGGAGGUGCUCCUUCACGUAUACAAGGCCAAAACUCCCCCCUUCCCUGCGCUUGGGAUUUUCCCUAGCCCGCCCCCCUCACUGACUCUGCUCCAUACCUUCUGUGGUUGCCAGGUUAGAACAUGUCCUUGAACUAUGCUAAUACCUCUUAAUUGCCUUUACUGGUUGUAAAGAGCUCAGACAUCUGCAUAAUUGGCAUGUAGCCUACUGCAUACAGGUGAAAGUUCCAUCCACUGCUCCACCCAUUGUGUGUGUGUGUGUGUGUGUGUGUGUGUGUUGCUGGCAAUGCUCACCACUGGCACCUAAACCUCAAGCUGAAAAAAGCCCCUGUCCCCUUUCUGUGCACACUUACUAUAAGUCCCGUUUGCAUUGGACGGCAGUGUAGAACUGUACUGUAGAAGCCAGUGAGGUCAAAUAUAUAUUGUUCCGUAUUUGUGGGAGCCCCUUGGAUUUAUACUGCAGGAGGGAAAGGGCAGAAGCCGCUGUGGGAAUGAGUUAGCGAGGGUUGUCAAUGGCUUUUGUGAGCAAACGGAACGAACGAGUAAUGUUAGGCCAUGUUGACUGGCUAUUUCAAAAUGUGCUUUUCUAACUUGAUCUAAAAAAGCUAGAUAAAGAAAUCUUACAGAGUCAACAAAAAAUGUAUAAAUUAUUAAAUAAUAUACAAACAGAUCAAGAAAUUAAAAGUAAGAAUAUGUUAAGGUGGGAACAAGAUUUAGGUUAUGAAAUUGAAUACAAAGAUUGGGUUACCAAGAUUUUGGACCAAAUGUGCUUUUCAUCAGCCGUAUCUACCAGGGAGCAGUACGGCACAAGGAGGAAGACGGGUGUCAUGCCCCUGUUGUGAAGUUAAAUGCCCCACUGAAAUGUCACGUUCUCCAUUGAUGUAAUUGCCCUGCGCUUUGCGAUUUUGCAUUUCUGCGCAGGGAUCAUACACUUAGGGACUAAUGUCAAGGAGAUGACAGGAAUUGUAUAUCCUUUUGCAGGGCUCUUCACGCCAACCUGGCGUUCAACGUCCAUGUGGUCUUUGUUAAGAGCCUUAUGGGGUUGGCCACUGACGAACAGCUUGCCAAGUGGCUCCCUUUGGCAGAAAAAUUUUACAUCGUAGGGACCUAUGCCCAGACCGAACUGGGUCACGGUAAGUUUCCCAGCUUAUUGUGGCUCUUAGGGCCAGAAUCCAUCCAAAUACCACAAUGUCAAAUUCCACUGUGCCAAUGGGGCCCUAAUGUAGCAAUUGCUCCAGAGCAGUUGUGGGGAACUUUUGCUGUCAACCCCCCAGGUCUGAGUCCAGGCAGCUCCAGCUGGCAUUUUACCUUGCAGCAGAGUGGGCAGCUGACCGCCCAGAGGACUCCGACCAUUGGCAAUUGUCUGGCAGUGCUUUAGGGGCUCUGGUCCCUGAAGGCCACAAGAAGAAGAUGGCUGGUAGUCUAAAACUGUCAAGUUCAACACCUGAGUUUUGAUUGCAGGGAAGAGCCCUAUUUUUUGUUUUUUAAAAGACAGCUGGAGAAUAGAGGUCAUGGGGAAAUGGGGUUAGCCACAUUCAGGGCUUUGUUUCCCCAGCUGGAACUUGCCGGAACUCAGUUCCGGCAACCCUCAGUUGGGCGCAAUUGCCAUUAUAAGAGAACAAGGAAGGCGUUCAUGGUGAUUUCUGGCACCUGUUUUUCUAGAAAAAUACCACCGGCUGCGCUGACCAUGAGUCAAGGAAGCCCCAAAUUAAAAAAUUGAGAUGCCUGUGAGGGUGGAUCUUGCUUACAAAAAAGGAGAAGUUGGACCCAGUCUUGAGAACAGCACGGCUGGGAUUUGUGGGCCUGACUAGUGAAUGUUUAAUCUGCUGGUGGUCUUGCGAUGCUCUGAGAAACCAUGUUCUUUGUUAUUAAAGGAACUUACCUUCGGGGACUGGAGACAACAGCCACCUUUGACGCUGCGACUCAGGAGUUUGUUCUCAACACGCCAAGCAUAUCUGCCAUGAAGUGGUGGCCGGGAGAUUGUAGGUAGCAAACACACUCAGGGGUGGGGCCUUUUCGUUCGUUCUGUGCUUUAGUUGUUUCCGAAAUCUUUAAAGGGUGUGUUAUAGCUGAGUGUUUUAAAAGUGUAAGUGGAACACUAUGAAUGAAUCCACUUGGGAAACGUACAGAGGAAAACCCGCUUGACAUUUGCUGCAUUUCAGCAGCAAAACACUGGUUUUCCUGCGGUAAACGCUGGGACAGAAAACAAAACAAAAAACCAUUGCUCAGGCACAGAACUUUAAAUCCCGGAUUUGUGUCUAGACAUGCAGGAAGUCCAGAUGAACCCAGAGUCCCUUCCCAAACCCCUGGUUACUUGUCUUCCCAAUCUGCAUUUUUAAUUGCAGCUUUGAAUAUGGUCAAUGCUGGAAUAUAAAGGUAUCAUAGUACCAUUAUACAGAUCUAUGGUGCAACCGCACUUGGAAUACUGUGUAUGAUUCCAGUCACCCUACCUGAAAAAGGAGAUUGUGAGCGUUAAAAUCAAGAUGUGAAAAAUAUGGAAACAACAAGGAGAGGCAUGACUAAGAUUUGGAGAUACAGUGGUACCUCAGGUUACAUACGCUUCAGGUUACAUAUGCUUCAGGUUACAGACUCCGCUAACCCAGAAAUAUUACCUCGGGUUAAGAACUUUGCUUCAGGAUGAGAACAGAAAUCAUGCUCCAGUGGCGCAGCAGCAGCAGGAGGUCCCAUUAGCUAAAGUGGUGCUUCAGGUUAAGAACAGUUUCAGGUUAAGAACGGACUUCCAGAAUGAAUUAAGUACUUAACCUGAGGUACCACUGUAUGCUUCAAGGUCUAGAUUAUGGGAAGUCCCAAAAAAAUAAUAAUUAUAAUUUGGAAGAUAAUUUGGUCUUUUUUGUUUUAGCUUUUUUACUUUAAUCAGAUUAUGAUUUGAUAUGUUAAUUCGAUGUUUUUUAUUGGAAAAUAAUAAAAAUGAUUUAACAACAACAACAAAAAGGAGAUUGUGUAGCUGGAAAGGGCAACCAAAAUGAUUGGGGGGAUGGGAGCAGGUUUUCCUGUGAGGAAAAGUUGCAACAUUUUUAGUUUAGAAAGAAAUCAAAUAGCAGGGGGAAGCCUAGCUGUGCGUAACAUUAUGUAUAAUGUGGAGAAAGCAGAUAAGAGAAAAGUUUUCUCUUUAAGAGAGGUUUAGAGAAAUUCAUGGAGAAUAAGACUCUCAGUGGUUCCUAGCUACAUAGGCUAUGUUCUCAUGUCACUGUAGCUGGGAAUCGCAGGUGAGGAGAAUUGCUCUUGAGCUCACAGGCCUUUGGCCUCAUCCAAUAAUAAUAUUAUAUAUAGCCCACCCAUCCUGCUGGGCCUCCCCAGCUACUCUGGACGGUUUCCAACAGAACAUUAAAAGCAUAACAAAACAUCAAACGUUAAAAACGUCCCUAAACAGGGAUUCCUUCAGAUGUCUUCUAAAAGUCAGAUAGUUGUUGAUCUCCUUGACAACUGAUGGGAGGGUGUUCCACAGGGCAGGUGCCACCACCGAGAAGGCCCUCUGCCUGGUUCCCCAUAACCUCGCUUCUCACAGUGAGGGAAGCUCCAGAAGGCCCUCGGAGCUGGACCUCUGUGUCCGGGCUGAAUGAUGGGGGUGGAGACGCUCCUUCAGGUAUACAGGGCCAAGGCUGUUUAGGGCUUUAAAGGUCAGCACCAACACUUUGAACAGGGCUGUUCUUAUGUUCUGAAAAUGCUGCUUAACUUUUCGAAGAAUUGGUGACUUAUUUUUCUCACCCUCCAUUCACCCUUACAGUAGGACGAACGGCGACUCACGCUGUGGUCUUUGCUCAGCUUUACCUGAAAGGAAAGUCGUAUGGCAUGCAUCCCUUCAUGGUGCAGAUCCGCAGCCUCCGAGAUCAUUCUCUGGAACCAGGUGACUUACUCCAGAGGGUCCCGAGACAAUUCUACUGGGUGGUGUUUUUUUAUCUGUUUCAAGCCCGCCAAUGCUGGGCUUCGACCGUCAGAAACAGGGGUGCCUUGAAAUCAGUGGUGCCAUCAGGGCAGGCUUGGGAGAUAGAAACAUAGAACUGGGGAGUUGAAAGGGAUCCUAAGGUUCAAUCUAGUUCAACUCCUUACAAUUGCAAUCUUGGGCCCCUCUCAUCAGAAUGAGCAAAGGGGCCUCUAAAUGCAAAAAUAAAUCUGGCUUCCAACAUUAUUUUUAAGCUCAGAAAAAUGCUUUCAUGUUGUCAUAUUCAUCACUUUUGGGGCUGUGCCAUAAUAAUAAUAAUAAUAAUAAUAAUAAUAAUAGUAAUAAUAAUGGAGAGAAGAAUAGCAGAGUUCAUCAGACACCAUUACAUACAGAAAUACAUUAGCCAAUCUAUUAAAGUAUUAAAAUAUUAUUGACAGGUGCAAAAAAUGAGGGGGUGCAAAGGAGGUGGACAGAAUAAGGAAUAACAUUUAGGGGGAAAGGGUGUCCGGCUUACCACCAUUUGAAGAUAAUGUCUGUAGUCCUAUACAUGCUUACUUGGGAGUAAAGCCCCAUUUGUCUCAAUGGGGUAUUCUGCUGAGUAGCCAUGCAUAGACUUGCACUGUAAGUGAAGUAGUACAUACUGCCGUCUAAUUUGGGGGGAUUAAUAAAAAAGAGUUCAUAGAUUUUUCAGUGCUUUCUGUUGGGCAGAAGAAACGUGUGCUUUCAGUGGUGGGCAUAAGACCAUUAUGUCCAGAGUCUAUUGUUACCUAACCACAUCACUGUGCAGAAUGCUGGGUUAUGUAUCCUGAUUUCCAAAAGAGACUUCAGUCUGCACAAUCUUUUAAACCUAUGUGUCUGUCUGAAUCCUUGCUUGUUUUGCUCCGUAGGAGUAACGGCAGGGGAUAUUGGUCCCAAAAUGAGCUUUGAAAAUGUUGACAAUGGCUUUCUCUUGCUGAAGAAUGUUCGGAUUCCGAGGGAAAACAUGCUGGCCAAAUUCUCUCAGGUAAACUUAGCUGUGGAUAUCAAACAGGUUUCAUCAGUUGCACCAUAGCAAAGGCCUCUAGUUAUUCUCUCAUGUGUGGAAUUCCAUAUGGAAUCUAUCAGGUGGUAAAGACAGAAUGUCAAGAAUCUCCAUGAACUUUCAUUCUCUUAUUUCAUUUUUUUCAAGAGAAUAGAAAUGGUGAUUGAGGAAUAUUUGAAAACAGUGCUUUUUCAGGGUUGUUGUUGUUUUUUAAAAAAAAUGAGGGGCCAGUAUUUUGAUAAAAGUGCUGUGGGCGAUAGCACAAAAUGGCUGCCAUGGGCAGCAAAAAAAGAGGUGACAGAGAAACCAGUGACAGGAAGGGGAAAAAACCACUGUCUGAAAGACAUUUGCAGAGUCUGUAAAUGCUUCAGAGUUCUGAGUCCUGGACUUAAAUUUUGCUUCUGCUAACACACACCUCCUUUUUUUAUUUAUUUCCAGGUCCUGCCAGAUGGUCGGUAUAUGAAAAAAGGAUCUGCGCAAAUUAACUACCUUACUAUGAUUGUGGUCCGUGUCCUCAUGCUUCAGAAUGAAGUUGUCCCCAAUCUGAUGAAGGCAUGCACCAUCGCGAUCCGAUAUUCCGCAGUGCGCCGGCAGUCUGAGUUAAAGCCCGGGUAUGGCGGGAAUUGAGGGCUUGGCUCCAGGCAGGGAUACGUUAAAUGUCCUGCUCCUCUGUUGACUAUUUUUAUUAUUGCUUUCCUCUUUUCACACCAACUGUCGGUGUUCCGGCCCCUAAUCCCCACCCCUUGUUUUCUUGAUACAGCUACUUAAACUAUUAAGCAAGCAGAUGAAUUUGCAAAUGUAGAAGAGGCAGUGAAGCUGAUGGAGCCAGGAGUGGGGUGGGGACCGGAAAAAGGGGGGUUGGGAAACUAGUGUGAGGGACCGGGUGCCCCAAGGGUCCUGAAAGACCUACAUUGGCUCCCAGUACGUUUCCGAGCACAAUUCAAAGCGUUGGUGCUGACCUUUAAAGCCUGAAACGGCCUCGGCCUAGUAUAUCUGAAGGAGCGUCUCCACCCCCAUCGCUCAGCCUGGACACUGAGGUCCAGCUCCAAGGGCCUUCUGGAGGUUCCCUCACUGCGAGAAUCCAAGUUACAGGGAACCAGGCAGAGGGCCUUCUUGGUAGUGGCACCCUCCCUGUGGAACACCCUUCCUUCAGAUGUCAAGGAGAUAAAUAACGAAACGACUUUUAGAAGACACCUGAAGGCAGCCCUGUUUCGGGAAGUUUUUAAUGUGUGACAUUUUAAGGUAUUUUUAAUUUUUGUUGGAAGCUGCCCAGAGUGGCUGGGGAGACCCAGCCAGGUGGGCGGGGUACAAAUAAUAAAUUAUUAUUACUUUGGAAGGGGACGUUGUUUCCCAAACAGUUGGGGUGACCGUGUCUCUUUGUCUCAAUAUGUUCUUCCUCCUUCUGUGACCACAGAUACCUGGCUGUGUGUUCAUGCUGGCUCAGAAUUUAUUUCAGGUCAGGAAAGACACAAACAUAGAGGGAACCCUGGAUUCUGUGUGUGUACAUUAAGGCUAUCGAAAACAGCCUCUGUUUCAAUCUGGUUCACUACCAUUAUCUUUAUUUUAAAGGUGUUAGAAUGUCCAUGUGCAGACUUCAAGUUACCUCCAUGUAUUUUGACAAGGGAUGUUUUCUGGAAUGGGACUCAUGUCUGUGGCUUCCACUAGGGCAAAAACUUACUUGAAUCAGCCCCUCUACCUGCCGCAUGGCCACCACUGGCCCCCUAAGCUAGUCAGGUGGAAAAUGCUGUCCUGUUAACAUUGGAAUAACAUCUCACUGCUAAGCCGGUCACCACCUGUGAGUGGAUGGUUUUGGGGCAUGUGAUUGGGUCAGUUCGUGAGACCGAAAUUGGCCGCUCUGUGCUGGCUUCCCAGAAUGAAAGAGGAAAUGCAAAAUGGAAACCCCUUCGGGUAAUUGGAGGCUAUUCAUUUGCCGUUCGUUUUGGAUAACCUGCAACAUUUUCUCCCCCCUCAGUGACCGGGAGGCAAAGAUUCUUGACUAUCAGACCCAGCAACAGAAGCUUCUCCCUCAGUUGGCAACCGCCUAUGCCUUUUAUUUCGUUGCAAAAUAUCUGCGGGACUUCUUUGACAGGGGCUACAUGGAAACCAAAGAAGGAAAGUUUGACUUGCUCCCUGAGGUAACGUGAAGAAAGAUAAGCAAUAUCCCUUCAAGCCUUCCUUUAGAAACCUUUAAACUUUGAAAGGUGUGUAAUAAAACAAACAAAUGAUCAGAAGAAGGAACCCAGAAGAUUUUGAAAUAUUUUUUUAAAAAGAAAAGAAGUAUCAGGAAGAGGGCUACUUCAGACAUAUAUCCGCAUUGCUUGAUUUGCAAUCAGAUGUGUGAGGUGAUAUUUAUCUACGUUUACAGUGGUACCUCGGGUUAAGAACUUAAUUCAUUCCGGAGGUCCGUUCUUAACCUGAAACUGUUCUUAACCUGAAGCACCACUUUAGCUAAUGGGGCCUCCUGCUGCUGCCGCACCGCUGGAGCACGAUUUCUGUUCUCAUCCUGAAGCAAAGUUCUUAACCUGAAGCACUAUUUCUGGGUUAGCGGAGUCUGUAACCUGAAGCGUAUGUAACCCGAGGUACCACUGUACUUUAAAAAUAUUUACAUGCAAAGCCCAUCCAAAGCCGUUUACAACAAUAAAAACUCUCCCCCUCCUUAUAGAAUAUUAGUAAAACAAUGCUAAAAACAAUCCACAAGAAUAAAACAGACUAAGAAAAAGUAACAGUUUAUUUUAAAAGUGACACAAGUGGUGUGGCUGCUGCAGGAUUUCCCUCCUAAACUGAUGUAUUUUUCCCCCUCAACUGACAAACCUGCUUGUAAAAACCUGGCUGUUGAAGCUGAUUUUAGAUAUGCAGGAAAGGCAAGUGUUACAUUCCCUUCAAACUGUGCUGUUUCAAGCUCUGGGUGGUGGCAAAGCUCUGGGUGGUGGCAAACAACAAUUGCUAGACGUGGAAAGCUAGACGGAAACCUUUGCUCCUGAGGUACUUCCCUUUUCACAUGCAGGGUUCAUUCAGACAUGCGUCACCACAUUAAAAAAACACUUUUCCCAUCUUGAAAUGGUCGAGUUUCAGUGGAGCAUGUACUCGGUGCCGUCCUCCUGACUGAAUUACCUGUUAAGUGAAUUUUACCUUUGUGGGAAUCUGCAGUUUCAGGGUUUAGUUCAGGGACAGUCAUUGCGAUGCCCUCCAGAUGCCGUUGGACAUUCCUGACCAUUGACCAUGCUGUCUGGGUCUGAGGGGAGCCAGAAUCCAUCAACAUCCAGAGGCCGCCAUGUUGGAUAUUCUCAGUAUCAUUGAUAAUGUGGCUAAUUCCAUAAAUACAAACCAGAGUUUCUGACGUUGCACAAAAUCCAGCACUUUUAAGGCCUCGCUGGUGUCCAGUAAAAGGUCUUAAUUGGUUUUAACUGACUCUCACAGGAAUCAACAAAACUUGCUCUAGCCGCUGUAGAGCAUUGUCAUGCUUAUGCUUUGGUCUGAUUGCAAAUAAGUUUUGUAACCUAUCCCAAGAAUUUAGGACAGGUAACACUCCCGCGGCCAUAAAAGAUGACCUAUGAAUUUAAGCUGAGGAGGAGGAUAAUAGGAAAGGAUAUAAACCGACAGACAUUUCAUAUGUCACUGGUCCAGAGAUGCUGUUCUGUAGAAUGGGAAAUGCAGAAGUGAUCCUCUCUUAACACUGUUCUUUCUGCCUUAAUUCACAGCUUCAUGCUCUUGCUGCAGGAAUUAAAGUCAUCGCUACAGACUACUGCUCGGCCGGAGUCGAGAUUUGUCGGAAGGCUUGUGGGGGGCACGGCUACUCUCUUCUCAGCGGCCUGCCUUCCUUAUUCACCAGGCAGGUGGCUGGUUGCACCUAUGAGGGGGAAAACACUGUCCUCCUCCUACAGACAGCCAGGUAGCUGCACUGAAAACCUAUCCAAAUCUGUCUUCCAUCUUGCUUCCAAGGCCCGUGCCAAAGCCACUUUAGAUAUCAGAAGCUUUUCCACGAUACGUUUCACGUUUUAUUUUCAUGAUUAAAACCAUUUAUACAGGGGGGUCUGAACUAUGAGUUAGACCUUAAUUGUUUAAUCUGAUUAUUUGUAUUUUGUCUGUUACUUUGUAAGGUAAAGGUAAAGGGACCCCUGACCAUUAGGUCCAUUCAUGACCGAUUCUGGGGUUGCGGCGCUCAUCUUGUUUUAUUGGCCGAGGGAGCCGGCGUACAGCUUCUGGGUCAUGUGGCCAGCAUGACUAAGCUGCUUCUGGCGAACCAGAGCAGCGCACGGAAACGCCGUUUACCUUCCCGCCGGAGCGGUACCUAUUUAUCUACUUGCACUUUGACGUGCUUUUGAUCUGCUAGGUUGGCAGGAGCAGGGACAGAGCAACGGGAGCUCACCCCGUCACGGGGAUUCGAACCCCCGACCUUCUGAUCGGCAAGUCCUAGGCUCUGUGGUUUAACCCACAGCGCCACCCACAUCCAUCCCAAUCUCCUUGUAUUUGUAUUGUUACUUUGCACUGUACCUUUAAACUCUACCACAGAGUACAGACAUUUCAUAUGUUACUGGUCCAUUUUCUGAAAUUUGGAAAGUACAGUUCUCUACAUGAGAACUGAAAACACCUAAAAAAACCUACUUGAAACUAGGCAGCCAAAGUUGUUGUGUCCCAAGCAACUUUAUGCGGAUUUAUUUAAGGGAGUGCUUGACACUCCAAAAUUCUGAAACAACAAGCUCCAAAUUCGACAACUGGGAAAAACUGACAUGCGUUGCAUCCUUUUUUAGGUGUUUAACAGUUCUCAUGUAGAGAACUGUACAUUCCAAUUCAGGGCACAUUCCAAUUGCUCAGCAGUCAACGCUAUUGAAGCGUAUUUUGCAGCCAACCUUCUGUGAGGGAAGGGAAAGUUGUCAUUUUGGCCAGAACUAAAACCUCUUGCAGGCUCAAGAAACAGGAUUUCCAAAUUUCAGAAAAUGGAAGGAUUACAUAAUUUGGUUGUUGUUGUUGUGCCUGGGGACUAAGAUAAGGAUUAAGGAAAUAUAGAGGUGUGUGAGAUGUUAUGGGCUGAAAAUCAGAAUAUGCAGUGCUCAAGUGUGCCAGUGUAACUCUUUUCUGUUCUGCAGACUCUGACUGGCAGAAGAAUGAGUGGAAGAAUGAUUGACAGUGGAGGAAUUGAGUCAAAUGCUGGGUGGAGCUACGAGUGAGUGAUAGGCAGAUAACACCACUCUAGGAUUAUUUUUAAUGAAGAGUGGGAUUAGAAAUCACUUAAGCGAAUUGAGUGUUGAUUGGAAAAUGACAGUUGACUGACUGCAAGAGACAGAAAGAAAUGGAGAAUGAGAUGAAAGAGAUAGGAAGACAGAGAGCAAGCAACUGUAAAAGAGGAUAGCUGUUUUUGAAAUACCAUUGAAUAUUCUGUAUGCAAUAACUGCUUGUUCUGGAUGUUGUGUUCCUUAAUCAAUUGUCUGCUUAGCAUUUAAACUGUGUUCUGGUCUGGGUGGACUCUAAGGUCCAUACGUCUCAUCCCAUGUGGCUUGUGCAGAUGUAUUUGGGUAAGAAUAUAAAGGGAGAGGCCUGCUGGUGGCAGCAGGUAUUUUGUGGGAAGUCUGUACUCAGUGGAGUCUUUGAGUGACUAAUCAAGUGACCUCCUGGGGGUGGGCCUUUUAGGAGACUCUGGAAUAGUGAUCCUGACAAAUAUAUUUUUUGUGUUUUCUCUGCAACAAGUAGGGUUGCAAACCCAGCACACUUAAGAAUGCAAGAUAGGAAUUGCUGAGGAUUCUGCAGCAGAGUCAAUAUCCUAAGAUAUAGCCAUGAUGCAUGUUCUUAAAUGGGACACGGGUGGCACUGUGGGUUAAACCACAGAGCCUAGGACUUGCCGAUCAGAAGGUCGGCGGUUCGAAUCCCUGCAAUGGGGUGAGCUCCUGUUGCUCAGUCCCUGCUCCUGCCAACCUAGCAGUUCAAAAGCACCUCAAAGUGCAAGUAGAUAAAUAGGUACCACUCUGGCAGGAAGGUAAACGGCAUUUCCGUGCAUUGCUAUGGUUUGCCAGAAGUGGCUUAGUCAUGCUGGCCACAUGACCCGGAAAAAAUGUCUGCGGACGAACGUCAGCUCCCUCGGCCAGUAAAGCGAGAUGAGCGCCGCAACCCCAGAGUCAGCCAUGACUGGACCUAAUGGUCAGGGGUCCCUUUACCUUUACCUUUAUGUUCUUAAAUAUCUUUCUCCCCCUGGCCUGCCUAUUAACUAUCCUGUUUUCCAGUUAUUUGUAUCAUGAGUCGUACAGGAACGUUGCCUUAUCUGUGGCCUUGCUUUUUAACCGCUGAAAAAUAAGUGUUUGGAAACAAGUCGUGUAGUUCAGCAAAUGCCUCUGGGAUGAGGAUGUGGCUCAAUUUUCAUUUUCUUUGUCAUUAGGUUUCUGAUCAAGUGCCUUGGGAUGGCACAAAGCGGCCAGCCUCUUCCUUCAUCAGUUGCUUACCUGACUUCUGAAAGCUUUGGAAAAUGCCAAGCCCAGGAAAAGAGAGACUUCCUCAAUCCUGACGUUUACACUGAAGCUUAUAGGCACAGAGCAUUCAGGUUGGUACAGAGAUGCUGGAACCCAACAGUUUUGCUUGGGUGGUGUUUUUGGUUUUUUGGGGGGGGGGGAUUUCUUGCAUGUCUCAUCUUAAAGGCACAGGAUGAUAAACAACAGGAGAUCAAAUAAGGUGUAUUCGUGAUCAGGGAAGGCUGUGGGCUGUGGGCUGUGGGCCAAGUUGUAUCAGUCUAACCUACCUCACGGGGUAGUUUGGUGAUCUUACAAUUGCUCCCCCAAACUCCCUUGAUGAAGGGCUGAUUACAUAAGCCCUAUCUGAAGGCUGAAAGAUACUGUUCCCCGUGACCCUGAAAUUACUAGUUGAAUGUGUUAACUGCUUUUAGAAUGCUUUUUAAAAUAGUUUAUAUCAGGAAUUCUCGAACUGUAGUCUGUGCACCACAGUGAACUGCGAGUUUCAUUCAGGCAGUUUGUGUCAUGGCUGCAUUAAAAACAUUUUUUUUAAUUGUAUUUUUAUUGCUUCUUUUGUUUCUUAUGUUGUAUUUUAUCUUGUUACAAUUUCAAAUCUAUGGGGUGCAAAUGGGUAAUGCAAUAAAAUGCAAUUUAAGAGCAAGAUGCAAAUGUUCUGAACGCAGGAUAAAUUCAUCAUAUAACAGGGGACUUAUUUGUACCGUAUUUUUCGCUCUAUAAGACGCACCAGACCACAAGACGCACCUAGUUUUUGGAGGAGGAAAACAAGAAAAAAAUUAUUCUGAAUCCCAGCAGCCAGAACAGCAAGAGGGAUCGCUGUGCGGUGAAAGCAGCGAUCCCUCUUGCUGUUCUGGCUUCAGCGAUAGCUGCGCAGCCUGCAUUCGCUCCAUAAGACGCACACACAUUGCCCCUUACUUUUUAGGAGGGGGAAAAGUGCAUCUUAUAGAGCGAAAAAUACGGUAAUCUAGAAGCGGGGUAAGAGCUUCUGUGGAGAGAGGCUGGUACAUGGGCAUAUUGCCCAAGCUAUACAUUCAUCAAAACAGGGUGGUAGAGUUCUUAGGUAGUAGGGAUUGCCAUCACUUUAGGCCACAUGACUUUUUGAAAAGAAAAGCUCCAACAUUUUUUUCUAAGAGCUGUUUUAAUUUGCAUGGAGUUGUUUUUGUGCUUUGCAUCAUGGACCAUUCAAAACUGGUGAAGACACCUGCGUGAUACAGCCCAGAUUUCUCUCACCUUCAUUCUCCCCCAUGUGCAGACCAGACCUUUGUUUCUGCCAUUUAGGUGCAUUUUUUUUAAAUAGCCAUAAAUAUUUGCAAAAUUGUUGACAGUUUUUUGGGUGUCUAUAAUAGUUACUGAAGGAGCGUCUCCACCACCAUCAUUCAGCCCAGACACGGAGGUCCAGCACCGAGGGCCUUCUGGCGGUUCCCUCACUGCGAGAAGUGAGGUUACAGGGAACCAGGCAGAGGGCCUUCUCGGUGGUGGCGCCCGACCUGUGAAAUGCCCUCCCAUCAGAUUUCAAGGAAAUAAACAACUAUCUGACUUUUAGAAGACACCUGAAGGAAGCCCUGUUUAGGGAAGCUUUUAAUGUUUGAUGUUUUGUCGUGUUUUUAAUAUUCUGUUGGGAGCCGCCCAGAGUGGCUGGGGAAACCCAGGCAGAUGGGCGGGGUACAAAUAAUAAAUUACUAUUAUUAUUUUAAUCUUUCCCUAUAGAGUUGCAAGAAACGCAGCUGUCAAACUCCAGGGUUUGGUUCAGCAGGGAAUGGCACAGCACGACGCUUGGAACAGGUGCUCUGUCCAACUUGCCCAGGCUGCCAUGGUUGGUAAAAACUUUGUAGCUUCACCCACUACUGGCUCUUCUGCCAGGAAUCCUGUCUCAGAAACUGCACUUGAAAAACUAAGCCAAUAAUCAUCAUCAUCAUCAUCAGUACAGUGGUACCUCAGGUUAAGUACUUAAUUCGAUCCGGAGGUCCGUACUUAACCUGAAACUGUUCUUAACCUGAAGCACCACUUUAGCUAAUGGGGUCUCCUGUUGCUGCCUCGCCGCCGGAGCAUGAUUUCUGUUCUCAUCCUGAAGCAAAGUUCUUAACCUGAAGCACUAUUUCUGGGUUAGCAGAGUCUGUAACCUGAAGCAUAUGUAACCUGAAGCGUAUGUAACCUGAGGUACCACUGUACUGAUGUGUUGUGUUGCUUUUUUUUUAAAAGCCCUGUUUUGUAUAAGAACAUGAUACUGAUGUUUCUAGAUCUAAAAAGCACCUUGUUAAAGGAGGAGUGGCUAACCUUUGACCCUCAAUAUCUUGCUGGACUUCAUCUCCCAUAAUCCCUGGCAACUGAUCAUUCUGGCCGGGACUGAUAGGAGUUAGAAUCCAGCAAAUUCUGGGGGAGUCUUUUCGUAAACCGCUUUGAGGGUUUUUUAUUUUUUAACAAUCCAGUAGUCUAUACAUUUUAUGAAAUGGAUAAAUAAAAAUAACCUUGCCUGGAGAUGCCAAGGAUUGAAGCUGGGGCCCUCAGAUGAUCUUCCCCUGAGCUACAACUUUCCCUAAAUGGGUGUGUGUGAUGAUGAACAGUAGAAAGAACUGACGAGAGAUCAUUUUGUCUCACUGUAAAUCGUUUCGGGACUUUCUGCUGUGGGGAGCGACGCAUAAAUUCAGUCCACCUAACCCAGCUCAGGAUUUCUUUUAAGAGUUGUGGAAGCAAGACCCCAUAAUAGACAGAGUAGUGGAGUGGAGGUUUUGGGAAAGGAGUGAGGAACGGAUUUGCAGGCUUAUGCCUUUGCUGUGGAAACACAGGCAUGCCAGACACAGCCCCCAGUCAUGUAGGAGCACACUAGAGAGAAUCAGCUCCCACUCAGCUGGGGGCUGAGUCUGAAAGGCACUGCGGUCACCUUGAUAUUGGGGUCAUAUCCGCACCAGGCAUUUAACCCUCUUCCCACAAACAAACCUGGGAUCUGUCAUAUGCUGAGAGUUGUUAGGAGACCUCUCACAGAACCAUGUUCGAAUCCCCACGAUGGGGUGAGUUCCCAUUGCUCUGUCCCAGCUCCUGCCAACCUAGCAGUUUGAAAGCACACCAGUGCAAGUAGAUAAGUAGGUACUGCUGCGGCGGGAAGGUAAAUGGCAUUUCCAUGCGUUCUGGUUUCCGUCACGGAGUCCCGUUGUGCCAGAAGCAGUUCAGUCAUGCUGGCCACAUGACCUGGAAACCUGUCUGUGGACAAACACAGCGCCUCACUCCAUAGUCACCUUUGACUGGACUUAACCAUCCAGGGAAUCUUAACCUUUUUUACCUUUAUAACGGUGCUGUGACCUCUAACAAUUAGGCUGGAGACAAUUCCUGGCAGCUGUGACCUUGAAAUGAGAAACCACAUAGCCCAGGAGUGGAACCCGGUUCCACAAUGCCAACACUUCCCCCCCAAGGCGAGUUAUCGCGCAGAGGUGAAUGGUGCUUGCUUCUAGCUGUUUUUACUUUGCCAGGCUCACAGCCAAUACAUCGUGGUGGGAAAGUUUGUCAAAGCGCUGGAGACGUUUGGAAAAGAGGCUGCCAUCCAGAGGGUCCUUAAGCAUCUCUGCGACCUCUAUGCCCUGCAUGGGAUCUUUUCGGACUUGGGAGACUUUGUGCAGGAUGGCUACCUUUCUACAAAGCAAUCUGACAUGGUGACCGAAUCGUACCUGGAUCUCCUGGCUGUCGUUCGGUGAGGUUAUCCUCUUUUUCUGCUAAGGGCUUAAUGCCAUUGGUUCCAUGUUUGGAACAUACGUUGUGUUGUAACAGUCAUUAAACAAUGCUGUAUAUGAAACUAGCAAGCUGCCCAUCUUUAGGAUGGGUGAAGAAGGAGACUCACAGAACUACAAUUCCCAGAGUUCCUGGGAAGAGGGAUGGAAUGCUUAACCGUUCUGAGAAUUGCAGCUCCGUGAAGGGAAUAGGGGCCUUCCUAACAUCUGUCAGCAUCCUUAAUAAACUACACUUCCCAGGAUUCUUUGAGGCUCAAGUGGUUUAGGAUUGCUUUAAAUGUAUGUGGCCUUUGUCAAUUUGGUAUGCUUGAAUGGCAUUGAAGCUACAAAGCCCUUAUUCACCCGUCAAAUAGAAAAUGUCUCUUUGACCUUUUGGUCAGUUUCCUACUCCGAUGACGUCUCUUGUGGCUUAUUGAGAUCUUGUCUGUUUUUAAUAAAAACAAUCAGAUAAAAAUAUUGCAAUAAGCGUUGGCGUUCCUGCUGGUUCUGAAAUUUUGAAAAGCGCAGAAGCCGCGACCUCUCCGUUUCCCAACGGAAGCGGAUGCCUCAGCACCGUCGGGUGGUUUUGAUUCAAAAUCAGCUACGUGGGCUUUUUAAAGAAGUCAGAAAUAUUUACUCUAAAGACUUUUAUCAAAUCGCUUCCAAUAAGGAGGGUGACUAUGAUGUCAUGACUUCACCACGAAGCAUAAAAGCAUUAAAAGAUAAAGCUAUCGUUUGCAUGCCAUUAACGGAUUAUCUUCGGGGUUUACCUUGGUGGAUUGAAAUUAAAGAGACACAAUCUGUAACCGAUAGAUGGUAAAGUAAAUUGUUCUGCUGGCUUCCCUGUGAAACUUACAUUUUCUUAUUAUUUUCAAUUAUCCCAUGUGUAUCCCCUUUCAUUUGUCUGGGAUCACAAUAUAGCUACCCAGCAUAGAAUAACACUACAGGGUUUAUUCUGGGUUAUAAAACCCAAAGCAACGGGUGCCCCUAGAUAUCAAAAUAGUAUCUUCCAUACCUAGCUCUGAGAACAGAUUUAUUUGUGCAGUCAAUAGACAAAUUGAUUAUCUAGCGAUGGAGGUAGAUAUAGCGAAAAGAUGUAAAUAAGAAGGCAGUAAGGACAGUCUCCUGUCAGACCACCCAACCUACCAGAUAUUUUGGCCUACAAUUACUGUACUUUUCCAUGUAUAAAACUAGGGUUUUUUACUUUAAAAUUAUGUGGAAAACUGUGGGUUGUCUUAUAAAAGGGGCAAUCUCCCCCCCUAUUUUCUUAAAUUGGAGUCCCUAAAAAUAGGGGGUGUCUUAUACAUGGGGGCGUCUUAUACACGGGAAAAUACGGUAGUUCAUUUAUGAGAGGGGUAGGAAACUUAUAGCCAUCCUGCUGUGGCUGAAUCACAGUUCCUAUUAUCCCAAACCAUUGGCCCUCCUAGCUGGAGCUGAUAGGAACUGGGAGCCCAACAACAACUGGCAGGCCACAGACCUGUGCUCCCUGAUUGACAAUGCCAUUUGAUCUAGACUACCGCAAUGCGCUUUACAUGGAACAGCCCUUGAAUCAUAGAAUCAUAGAGUUGGAAGAGACCACAAGGGCCAUCGAGUCCAACCCCCUGCCAAGCAGGAAACACCAUCAGAGCACUCCUGACAUAUGGUUGUCAAGCCUCUGCUUAAAGACCUCCAAAGAAGGAGACUCCACCACACUCCUUGGCAGCAAAUUCCACUGUCAAACAGCUCUUACUGUCAGGAAGUUCUUCCUAAUGUUUAGGUGGAAUCUUCUUUCUUGUAGUUUGGAUCCAUUGCUCCGUGUCCGCUUCUCUGGAGCAGCAGAAAGCAACCUUUCUCCCUCCUCUAUGUGACAUCCUUUUAUAGGCUGUUUGAAGGCUGUUUGAAAACUUCACUCAGGUAGCCAGCACAGGGCCACCUGGAUUUUACAGACUACAAGCUUCCCUUUGUGCUAAAUGACUAUGGGAACAAAAGAGAAAGCACCUCACUCCAGUUUUGGCUGACUUGCACUGACGGCCAAUUUGCCUGCAGUCCAGUUCAGGAUCUUGGCACUUCCUUCGAAGCUGUAAAUGUUCUAGGUCCUGCUUUAAAAAGAGGGCUCCUUUUGUCUUUGUCUUCAUUAGCCAAAUUAUCAGCGUUGCAGCCCUGCUCGUGCUGUAGCAGGAUAUUGCUAGAAUCCUAGAACUGUGGAGUUGGAAGGGACGUCAUGGGACAUCUAGUCCAAGCCCUUGAAAUGCAGGAAUCUCAGCUAGAUCAUGCAUGACAGAUGGCCAUCCAACCUCUGGUUAAAAACCUCCAAGGAAGGAGAGUCCACCACCUCCUGAGGGAAACUGUUCCACUGUUGAACAGCUCUUACUGUCAGAAAGUUCUUCGUGAUGUUUAGACGGAACCUCCUUCCUUGUAACUUGAAUCCUUUGGUUGAGGUUCUCCAGAGAGGAGAAAACAAGCUUGCUCCAUCUUCCAUGUGACAGCCCUUUAGAUAUUUGUAGAUGGCCAUCAUAUCCCAUUCUGCCAGGACACUGAGGUCCAGCACUGAGGGCCUUCUGACAGUUCCCUCGCUGCGAGAAGCCAAGUUACAGGGAACCAGGCAGAGGGCCUUCUCAGUAGUGGCGCCCGCCCUGUGGAACGCCCUCCCACCAGAUGUCAAAGAGAAAAACAACUACCAGACUUUUAGAAGACAUCUGAAUCCAGUGCUGUUUAGGGAAGCUUUUAAUGUUUGGUGGACUAUUGUAUUUUAAUAUUCUGUUGGAAGCCGCCCAGAGUGGCUGGGGUAUAAAUAAUAAAUUAUUAUAAUAUUAUUAUUAUUAUUAUUAUUAUCCCCUCUCAGUCUCCUCUUUUCCAGGCUAAAUAUGCCAGCUCCUUCAACCGUUUCUCAUUGAUCAAUUUGGUCACCCUGCUCUACACACAUUGCAGCAUUUCAAUAUCCUCCUUAAAUUGUGGCGCCCAGAACUGGACAGAGUUAAUGUUUAUGCUGCAGAAGGAACAAAAAAAAACUUUCUGGCACUUCUAGGGUACAGAGCAAGUAUUAGGGGUUUUAUUUGGUUUUUAUGGAGUAGAAAUUGUGACUCGUAUAUUGGGGCUCAUUAAGAUUCCUUUGCUCUUUUUCAGGAAAGAUGCUGUGCCCUUAGUGGAUGCAUUUGAUUUCUCAGACGCAAAUUUAAAUUCAGCCCUUGGCUCCUACGAUGGUCAAGCCUAUCAGAGGCUUUACGAGUGGGCCAAGAAGUCACCAACCAACCAUCAGGUGAGAACAGCGCAUGCCAAAGUCAACAAGCAGCCAGACAACUUAAAGGAGAGGCCUAUCAGUGCUUCCCCGUUUAACGUGAAUUAAUUGUCAUGCUGCACUAAAGGUAAUGGGACCCCUGACCAUUAGGUCCAGUCGUGGACAGCUCUGGGGUUGCGGCGCUCAUCUCGCUUUAUUGGCCGAGGGAGCUGGCGUACAGCUUCCGGGUCAUGUGGCCAGCAUGACUGAGCUGCUUCUGGCGAACCAGAGCAGCACACGGAAACGCUGUUUACCUUCCCGCCGGAGCGGUACCUACCGUAUUUUUCGCUCUAUAAGACGCACCAGACGACAAGACGCACCUAGUUUUUGGAGGAGGAAAACAAAACAAAAAAAUAUUCUGAAUAUCCCUCUUGCUGUUCUGGCUUCUGUGAUAGCUGCGCAGCCUGCAUUCGCUCCAUAAGACGCACACACAUUUCCCCUUACUUUUUAGGAGGGGAAAAGUGAGUCUUAUAGAGCAAAAAAUACGGUAUUUAUCAACUUGCACUUUGACGUGCUUUCUAACUGCUAGGUUGGCAGGAGCAGGGACCGAGCAACGGGAGCUCACCCCGUCGCGGGAUUCGAACCGCCGACCUUCUGAUCGGCAAGUCCUAGGCUCUGUGGUUUAACCCACAGUGCCACCUGCGUCCCCUGUCAUGCUGCACUAGAGCAGGGCAAAGCCUGCUUUCCAUACUGAGCCGAAAUAAAAUUUAAUUAUGGGAAGCACAUUUGUGUUUAAUAUAUGCAGACUGAGCACAAAUUAAACAUUUGCGUUCAAUUUGCAUAACUUAAUGCAUAUUAGCAUUCCACAAUGCAUAGUUUGGAUUCGCACGGUGCAGAAUUCUGGACUGUUGUGACAGAUUUAGCCCAAAAUACAAGCAGCCCUGAGCAUCGUAAACAGUAGAUGGAACAGGGCAGGGAAGUGUUAACUGGAGCCAAAAAGUGCAGGGGGGAAAAUGAGUUUGGGGUGGUUCGGGGCAAGCUUUAUUUUUAGGGGGGGGGCUGGCUGGAGCUUUGGAGAAGGCGGGGGAAAUAAGGAGAGUUGAGGGGUGAUAUGGCAUUAGCCACAAAAAAAGAGCAGUGAGUGAAAAGAACACAGAUCAUCUAACACACGGAAAGAUGGAGAAACAGGAAGAGAGUCAAGGCACAUUUAUAUAAAGAGUUGUGUGCGCUCCACAAUGCUGUGCAGAAAGGUGAGGGGGCACACCAAAUUUGCUAUGGGGCACAUUUAUUUUUAGGAAAGGCAAUUUUCUACCUCUGGCGACUGCAGCGAGAAGCAUGAAAGUACAUUGUCAGCAUCUAACAAUCUUCAGCGCCGCAGUGGGAGCUUAUUAGGACUCCCAGCAGCCAACAGGGUGAGCUGUUCCUUGGAUUUCUCCCCAAGCAGCAAAACCAGAAUCACAGGGAAGCCAAAGAGGGGCACAGCUCUUGACUAAAAUCAGAGGGAGAAAUGGGGCAGCAGUUGUGGGUUUCCUGAAACCAUGAUUCAAGAACUUGAGGAUACAUUCUGCAAAAUAGGGAAAUCAUCUGCACGAUUUGCUUAACUGUGCACUUAAUAGAAUCCAGGUUUUAUUGCUGCAGAGUUUGGGCACAGGUAUUAGUAAUGUCGGUAAAAUGCAGGCAUGUUUCACUCUUGCAUAUCUGCAAGGGAGAAUGAGACAGCUCAAUGCAGAGCCCUGCUUAUAUGCAAGGCUCAGGAGCCUGACCCUGAUGCAGUUGAAAGCUCCUGAGGGCCUUAGGAGGACACAGGUGACAUGCUCCUAGUGGCAGAAAGAGGAGAUAGAGCAGGAAGAGGCAUCAGUAGUCUAAAAGAGCACCGUUUGAGAGCUUCAGUGUGGUGUAGUGGUUCGAGUGCUGAACUAGGACCUGGGAGACCAGGGUUCAAAUCCCCACUUGGCCACGAAGCUCACUGGGUGAUCUUGGGAGUCGGUCACCGCCUCUCAGCCUAACCUACCUCACAGGGGUGUUGUGGGGGAUUAGAUGAGGAGCGGCAGAACCACGUAUGCCACCUUGAGCUCCUUAAGAGAAAAGCAGGAAAUAAGUAAUAGGCAAUUGCUUUGCUAGCAGGUACAGGAAGGGCUGGUCUUGGCAAAAUAAUGCUCAGCACUUUGUUGUUAUUUAGUUGUUUAGUCAUGUCCGGCUCUUCCGGCUGUUGUUGUUGUUUAGUCGUUUAGUCGUGUCUGACUCUUCGUGACCCCAUGGACCAGAGCACACCAGGCACUCCUGUCUUCCACUGCCUCCUGCAGUUUGGUCAGACUCAUGCUGGUAGCUUUGAGAACACUGUCCAACCAUCUCGUCCUCUGUCGUCCCCUUCUUCUUGUGCCCUCCAUCUUUCCCAACAUCAGGGUCUUUUCAGGGAGUCUUCUCUUCUCAUGAGGUGGCCAAAGUCUUGGAGCCUCAGCUUCAGGAUCUGUCCUUCCAGUGAGCACUCAGGGCUGAUUUCCUUCAGAAUGGAUAGGUUUGAUCUUCUUGCAGUCUAUGGGACUCUCAAGAGUCUCCUCCAGCACCAUAAUUCAAAAGCGUCAAUUCUUCGGCGAUCAGCCUUCUUCAUGGUCCAGCUCUCACUUCCAUACAUCACUCCUGGGAAAACCAUAGCUUUAACUAUACGGACCUUUGUUGGCAAGGUCUCUGCUUUUUAAGAUGCUGUCUAGGUUUGUCAUCACUUUUCUCCCAAGAAGCAGGCAUCUUUUAAUUUCGUGACUGCUGUCACCACCUGCAGUGAUCAUGGAACCCAAGAAAGUAAAAUCUCUCACUGCCUCCAUUUCUUCACCUUCUAAUUGCCAGGAGGUGAUGGGACCAGUGGCCAUGAUCUAGGCUUUUUUGAUGUUGAGCUUCAGACCAUAUUUUGUGCUCUCCUCAUUCAUUCUCCUCCUUCAUUAAGAGGUUCUUUAAUUCCUCCUCAGCACUUAUUUGCAAGGCUUUAUUAGGUGAUGUAUGUGGCCUGCAUCUCAGCCACUGCAGGAACACACUGCGCAUAAGCACGUCUUCCUACAGCGCCUUUUCCAAACAUGACCUUCAUACUGGUUCCAUUGCUGAACUCUGCAGCUGGGCAAGAGCCCAUAAGCCCUGCCUUUACCCUCUUCGGUCUUGACGCUAAAGAAGGAAGCACAGGGUUAGACAGGAAAUGGACUCCUCCACAAUGGCUUCUGUUUUCUGCCCUGAGUAGCUGACUGUCUAUGCGAUUGACACUCACUUUCUGUCUCCCCAACAGGACAACCGGAUUUUUGAGACGUAUUUGAAGCCGCUUUUCCAGAACGCCCUCUCCAAGCUGUGAAAGGAGGAAAUGAAGCAGAGAGGCAGCUCCUCCGCCCCCCCCCCCCGCUGCUCUCAAAGCAACACCAACGUUUAUUGAUUAAUGUAAACCCAUAAAAUGUAGUGGCCGACUGCCUUUUGAGUUUUGUCCAUCAAAACAUUCUCUUGAGUUUUCCUGGCAAGCGGAAGGAAGCCAGCGAAUCUGAACAAUUUGCUUUGGCGGUGGGGAGAUGCCUUUUAACUUCACCAAAUAAGCCAAGUUUUAUUUUAUUUCGCUGUUCACAGCAGCCCUUGCUGACAUGUAUGUGCCAGCUCAGUCCACCGGAAUUACUGCCAUGAGAUCAGUCCACCAGCCGUUUUCGGGCUGGGAUUGGGGAACCUGUGGCCCUGCAGAUACAGCUGAAUUACAGCUCCCAUCAUCCUUGACCAUUGGUCAUGCUGACCAGAACUAGGAGGAGCGUCACAAUUCCCUCCCUUGCUUUAGGAUCCGGACCAGGACCAAGGGGGUAACAGUUAUACAGAACCCCCUAGAGAGUCGGUGUGGUGUAGUGGUUAAGAGCAGUGGACUUGUAAUCUGGUGAACUGGGUUCGUGUCUCCGCUCCUCCACAUGCAGCUGCCGGGUGACCUUGGGCUAGUCACACUUCUCUGAAGUCUCUCAGCCUCACUCACCUCACAGAGUGUUUGUUGCGGGGGAGGAAGGGAAAGGAGAAUGUUAGCCGCUUUGAGACUCCUUCGGGUAGUGAUAAAGCGGGAUAUCAAAUCCAAACUCUUCUUCUUCCCUAUAGCAACUUUAUUGAUGGCAGAAUUCUGGUGAUGGCAGAAGGGAUUGCUAUGGCUCUUCUCAGGGCCUGGCCACACCCACCUGUCACUCACUUGAUGUCAUAUGACCUCAGGUGAAGCCGCGACUACAAAGGAGCAACUGGGAGCAUUAGAUUGGGGCUCCCAGUUGUUCCUUUUGCAAGCAGGGCUUGCAAUGUAAAUCUGGAGCAGAAUGCAAGCCGCACCAUUUCAGCCAGGUCAGAUCCACUUGAUGUCAUGAUUUCAGGUGACUGGCAGGGGGGCCUGCUUGCCCACCUUGGACUGGCUGCAACUUGAGCCAACCAAAAAUGAUUCCGCCCCCUUUUCUAACACACGUUUCCUGCGUGGAAAUUCGCCUGCACUAAUGCAAGCAAACGCAUGGAAUGGUCCGUAAUGACGAUUCUUGUUUUUAAUACUUUCAGGGAAACGUACCUAUUCUCCAAGUGCCUAACCAGUAAAAAAAAGAAACUCGGCAAGAUGCCUUUAAGAACCACCAGACCCUUAGGAUGUAAUUGUAGGUCUCUCAAACCCACCUCGCAACCUCUAAUUUAAAAUCUCGCUGUGGUGACAGAGCUUGCACUAAAUUAAAGAUCCUGCACAGGAAAGACAGGGGUAUAGAUGUUUUAAAUUAAUUUCACACAGGCACCAGGCUGGCAGAAGCACACAAGCUGAAAUUAAGCUAAUGAUCAAGUUCCAUUUAAUCAGCUUGCAAGUGUGCAAUUUAGGAAGAGCACUUUUAAGCAAAUAAAUUGCAAUUCAGAUGCUUCCAAGUGGGGAAGGGAUGCAAGUUCGUCCCCUGCCUAAAAAAGGAACAAUGGCCUCAUCCACGGGCACCUCUGCUAACCUACCACAGUGAAUUGUUGAGGAUAAAAUGUGAGGAAAGCUAUGUAUGCCAUGUGAAGCUCCUUGGAGGACGCAGGGGAUACAUAUGUAUCUCGCCCCCUUUUUUUUAGUGAUAGACUACUACAAUGCACCCCAUGUGGGGCUUACCUUGAAGACUGUGCAAAAGCUGACCCUACUGCUGCUGCCAGGUAAACACAUGGGGCAGCAAGAGGGGCUCGUGUGUCACCAAUCCUUAAAGCGCUGCACGGUCUGCCUAUGAGCUGUGCCCGAUUCAAGGGAUCAGUACAAAACCCCAAGUGGCUUGAUACUCAAGUACUUAAACCAAGUGCCUUCUUCAGUUUCUGUCAGUUCGGGCUUUGAGAUGGCGAAGCUGUACUUGUAGAGAGACAUGGGUCGUGGGGCCAUGAUGCAAAGCAGAGACUUCUCGGUGGUGUCUCCCUGGUUGUGGAAUUCCAUCCUGGUGGAAAGCUGGCUCCCCCCCCCCCCCACACACACACUGUUAUCAUUCUUGAAAACUUAGAACAUACUUUAGUACAGAGCUGGACUGGAGUUCAGCAGUCUAGGUAUCGCCGUCUGUUGAAUUGUAUUUCAUUGCUGAUAAGGGUUUUAUGGUUUUAUGCAUAUUUUAUUUUUAUGAUUAUUGUGCAGCACUUUGAGCUUCUACAAGAGGGGGGAAGGCUGAGGAACAAAGAGCAAUAAAUAAUGAUCUUGUGAAUAAAUUAAAGGAGCGCUGUAAAGGAAUGGGGGAAUCCUCUGCUGGCGUUUAAAGUUUAAGAGCAAGAGGCUGCAUGUGCGACUGUGGUUGGAACGUGAAAACUAGGACUGAGGAGUCUUGGAUUCAAAUCUAUACUCAGCUAUGAAGCUCAUUUGGUGGUCCUUGAGCUGUCACCUUCCCUCAUCCUAAACUGCCUCAUUUGUUGUUGUUAGGAUAAAGUGCAAAGGGGGUGGAGGCAAAGAACCAUGGAGUCCGGGAGGAAAGGCACAGAAUAAAAAGGUAAUACCCUCAAGCUGAGGUGAAGAUGAAGGAGGGAUCGUAACAGCUUGACAAAGGCCACCUAAUGAGUUUGUAAUCAAGCUACAAGUUGAAUAGAGGAUUUGUUUCCUCACACUUAAAGUCACUUUGCUGUAUCUGUAGCUCAUUAAUGCACUACGUCAAUGUAGCUCCAUGGCGUCAUUGAGAUGAGUACUUUAAACAAAAAGAAAGUGUCAUUUGCAAGUGAAGCUGUUGCCCUUGUAUAGUUUCCUUCGGAAUCCAAGAGGUGAUGGGUCUAUCUUCCCCACACAAUGUUGUUCUAUUUUUAAAUGGUGCCGCUUAUUUUUUUUUUUUAGAUUCUGCUAUUCGUACGUUGAACAAUUCUACCCAUUGCAAAUAAAAACAUGUAAUGCCACGUUGUCUUAUUGAAA